AUGGGAGCUGAUUUCGCUGAUGCCAGUGUUAUCGCCCCGGCGGAAGGCCCCAAGCCGUGGCUCGUUCGAGCUAAUCUGGCCGGAGAUACUGGUGUGCUGGCCAUGGUUGUUGAGGCGGGAGAGAGGAAGUUGAACCUUGAGCGUGUGGUGCGACGCGUCAGGGACAGUCAAGUGCAGGAAAGGACUUGGCAGCCGCCCAGCCGCGGCAAAGGCCAGGCUAAAGGCAAGAAUGCCGAAACUGACGCCAAGCCUAGUGCUCCUGCGGCGGGCGCGGCUGCGGGAGGGAGCCCAAUGGACUUGGAGGCUCCAACCGGCGAGCAGCCGACGGCCGAAGAGCCUGGGCAAAACGCUUCGGGUACACCAGCUGCUGUUGCGGGUAAACGCGCGCGCGAGAAGACACAGGAGCCGGGCAGACCGCCGAAGGCUGCUUCCCCAGCCUGGAAGGAAGUUGAGUGUGGAGGCGGUGGGCACUGCUUCUACAACUCCGUCACGGCUGGGUUCAUCCUUAAAACAUCAGGAGGGACCAUCCAAGAGCUGCAAGCUGAGUUGCCCACCAAGGGCCGUGGCCUUCGCAGUCGGCUGGCCACGUACAUUGCCGAAUCGCCGGGCAAGUUCAGGCCCUACUUCUAUGUGCCAGAAGUUGACAAAGAUGCCGAGGACAAGGAGGCUGCUCGCGCAGUGCUGCGCACCAUCGAGGAUGGUGACGUUCCCCAGACAUGGGACGAGUAUGUGAAAGCUGUCUACAGGCCGGCACGGUAUGCAGAUGAAAUUGCGUUCAGAGCCGCGACCUCACUUCUCGGAAUAAGCAUUUGCUUCAUUUGCGGCGAUCUUGCCAAUCCUUCGCAGGUGAUGCAUUAUCGUAACCCCAAGUCACAGAUCAGCAUUUAUUUGAGACACAGCUUAGGGCAUUACACACUUUUAUUGCCUCACGGCGACGUGCCGAGCUACGCCAAGCUUCCUCUUGACGCCUUGCCACCGCAGGCGUUUGCACCGCGUGGAGGAGGAGACGAGCAGGAGUCGUGGCUUGAAACGUGUGACACUUCAUGGAUACCUAGCGGUGCCCGCAGUCCUGGCACGCCCACCGCGUGCACUCAAGAAGCUGAGGCAACUGUGUCGGCCGAUGCUGGUGUUGCGCAGCACCAGUGGGCCACAGCGCUGCGUCCCUCCCCUAGCACCCCCCGUGCACGGGGCACCCACGUAGGAGGAGAGGCUGCUGUAGAGACUCCUGUCCCGCGCACGUUAGAGGAUAGCAGGUCUAAGCUUAACCGGGGCGUCAAGAAGGGUGCGGCCAAGGUGCAUUGGUCCACCAAGGCAGCGCAGGCCAGAAAGCAGGCUCACAACGUUGGUAAGCGCAAGUUUGGUUGGAAGUGUGACGUGUGCAAGUUACGACUCGUGUCCGAGGCUUUUGACAACUUGAGACACUUGCGUAAUAAUCACAUUCGGCGUGUGCAUAAGCAUGUCCCCAAGGCGCGGUUCUCUAGGCAGUUCCUCCCGGCGGGCUGUCAUCGCAAUGUCAAAGCUAACAGCAUUGCUCGGCACAUCAAGAGCUGCAGCUCGUGCCCGGCGCACUGGACGCCGCUCAAAAAUCUCGCGGCCAUCCUUGAGGACCAGGGCAUCUGCACUGGCACUGAGGGCCUUCAUCAGGACGGAGAUGUGGAGCCUAACCCGGGACCAUCUAGUUACCAUGUUAUGUCGUGGAACGCGCAGGGGUUCAAUCAUUUAGUGCAGGCACUUCAGCUGGGGUGGUUCUCUGACUUUGAUGUGAUUGCGAUUCAGGAGCCUAAUCUGUCAAGAGAUCUUCAUGUUGAGCUGGCGGGUAUGUGUGAGAGGCGUGGCUUUCACUUGUACGCACGGCCUGCGGAGGAGGGCACCGACAGCCUAGGGCGACGAGUGGCCAGAGGUGGUCUGCCUACACUGGUGCGGCAAGGGCUCCCAAUGUGCAUCGCAAACCGUCGGCCUCUCCUGAGCCAUAUCAAGAUGCGGUGGCCGAGUGGCUCGCGGAUUCCGGGCCGUCCAUCGCCGAUGGGGGAUCAUAAUGUCGAUUAUUGGGAUUACCACUGUCCGUAUGACAGCAAACACGCCGCUACCGAUGAAGAAAGCCGCCCUCUUCCCACCAGGGUCGAUGGCCAACGGUGCAUCGACUAUGUGUUGGGCAACGAGGCUGAGGUGUCUGACCUUGCGCUGUGCGAUAGCACACUCGGUGAUCACUUCAUGCUGGCAUGCCGGGUUCGGGUUCAGGAUUCUGGCCGCGAGUCGCUUUGUAGAGCUCGGCUCACCACCUGCUACCUGCCUCCCACGGGAACUCCGGGGAAAAAAUGGACUGAGGCUCAGGCUGUGUUCUGGCAGGAUGUUCAGAUUCCUGAUGAAGGUGAGCUCACCACUGAGGACGAAUGGCGAUGGUUCAAUCAUCAGGCCGAAUCCGCCAUGCGGGCCGCCCAUGCUUCAGGUGCCCGGGGCGCUCUGGAAGACCAGACUUUUCAGCUGAAGGGGCUUCUUAAGCUUCAGGGUCGUCUUCGAGAAUGGCAGCGUCAAUUGAGCCUCGGCCGUGACACAAGGGCCAUCCAGGCCAACGUGGCAAGCCGUUUGCCGAUGGCAACAGGACCUCGCUGCGUGGGGCAAACGGGCAUCGCGGCUCUGCGUGCGGCCGCCGCGGCCAAACAAACCGGCGCUGCCGGGCCGGACGGGUGGUCAGGGGCCGAAACAAGCACGUGGCCACUCCAGGCAUGGAUCUGUUACAGUGCACUCCUGGACCGCUGGAUGAGGCGAGGCAUCUUCCCUCGUGCCUGGAGACAACUGCGACAAGUCCAUCUUCCCAAAGAAGGUGGCGAUGACUCUAGCCGCGUCGUGAAAGCUGAUGGUCUUCGGCCCAUCGCGAUCAUGAGCAUUCUUUGGAGGGUCGUUAGCCUGGGCAAGCUCAGCGGGGCAUUUCAGAGGGGAGCUGCACUUGCCAGUUUAGAUUUGGCGAAAUGCUUCGACUACGUGCAUCCGGAGCUGGCGACGCGCGUCCUCGCCGAAGCGGGUUUUCCUAGGAUACUGCUGGCUGCGAUGUCACAUACCUGGACACAGGAACGAUUCAGGGAGCUCGGAGGUUAUGUUCUUCGCGACCCGCAGUAUGUGAGCUCGGCUAUGCCCCAAGGGGACGGACUCUCGCCACUGGCGCUGAACGUGCUCCUUUCCGCUGCUUGCAGGGAGGCACGCAGGUUGGGCCUUCAGGAUUUUGAGCAGAGCAUCUUCUUGGAUGAUCGAGCUUUCACGUCGGCUCCGGACGAUGAUUCGGUUCGGGUUCUAGGGGUCGACCUCACUGCUUCUCCGAGUGGUUUCUGCCCAACUACAGAAGCAAGGGUCAAAACGGCCUUGACGAUGGGCCGUAAGCUCCUCAACAGGGCCAUUCCCGUGGCCAUCAGACGUGAUCUGUGGCGCACUGGCGUCAUCACCAAGGCGAGUUGGGGACAUUUGUUCCAACCGCCUGCCAAGGAGAUCGUUGCACAGUUUGCCGACCUGUUUAAACAGGUUGUCUCUAGUCGCCGGAUGGGGCACUCGGGCCUCAAGCAGAUCCUCGAGGGUCAUGCGAUGCACUUGCCUUUCGCGGCGGGGCUCCACGCACUGAGGGCGUGGCGUAGUUCUGGGGUUGCACAACAGCCGGCGGCUCAAAACGGUGAGGGUACAUGGUUUGGGACGGUUGCCAGUUUCCUGACAGGGCAUGGCUGGCAUCAUGAAGGUGGCUCAGUCUUCAGCACUGCCACCAGACGCCUCGAUUGCGACACGGACCCUCCCAAACACAUGGAGCAUAAGAUUCGCGCACAAUGGCGUCAGCAGCUGCACGAAAGCUUUGUGCAAGCUGAUCGGCGCGAUUCUAGAGCACUUGCUCACUGGACCUUCAGCGAAGACCAGGUGCGCAAGGCCAUCCCGAUGUACCAGGACGCGGGCUCUGAUGGCAAAGCUGUGAUGCUGGGCGCCGCUCAUUCGACAGCUUUUUACCAGAAGCGCAAGUACGGUCAUGUGGUGCAAUGGGAGCACUUAGUCUGGCACUGCACUGGGCUCGUCGGUGUGGAAAACAGGCCUCCGCGGCCUCUUGCGGACGAGGCCUGUCGUCUGGGAUGGCCGAUGCCGGGAGAGAGUGCCUCUCUGGCUGCGGCGCAGCUCCGAUGGAUGGGAUGUGCGCGAACAAGUUCGCGUGCGCUUGGGUGUUGA